AUGCACUUCCAUCAGCUACUUCCCCUCCUUGCUGCGGCAGCUCAGGCACUACCGCAGUCAACUUCAUCUUUGGCCAAAUGCCGCGACGUUCAGAUCCCCAUCACCGUUUCUACGCCGCGCUUCAUCGUGACUGCUUCUAUCCAGGAUGAUUGGGAUGUCGCUGCUCUGACUCUCAACUUGACUCGUCGGGACUCGACCAUGUCCGCCGAUCCUCUUCCCCUCGCCGGGCAGACAUCUGAGUCUGUGAAGAGCACUUACACCGUUGGAGCGACUCUGUGCGGCAACGGAGGGCCUACGCUGGUGCUUACGCACGGAAUCAUUGAGUCGAAACUGUAUUGGAACCCAAGCUUUCCCGGCAGCUCGACGUACAACUUCAUAGAGGCUGCGCUUGCCCAGGGCUACUCGGUGCUCAGCUACGACCGUAUCGGCGUCGGUUCAUCAGCAAAGGUCAACUCCUUGACAGACGCCCAAUUCCAGGUCGAAGUCGCCGUCCUCGAGGGCCUCGUCAACUACGCCAAGACCAAGGCCAAGGCCACCAAAGUCGCCCUCAUCGGCCACAGCUACGGCUCCUACAUCUCCUCCGGCGCCGCCUCGCACAUCUCCGUCGACGGCCUCGUCCUGACCGGCUUCAGCGGCACCUUCCAGUACUUUGCUCCCUUUGUCGCCGGUGCCGGCCUUCGCGUUGCUAAGACGCAGAACCCUCUGCGCUGGGGACACCUGGACUCCGGAUACCUGACAACGUCUGACCUGUACGCCGAGACCUAUGUCUACUACGCUGAGCCUUACUUUGAGCACAGCGUGGCCGAGUACACCUACACUAUUGGCAGCGAGCCUUUUGCUGUGGGCGAGCUUCCUUCGGUGCUUGCCACGACGAUCAACUACCAGGACAUCAAGGCGCCUACUCUUGUGCUGCAGGGACAGUUUGAUGUUUCUGCCUGCGGUGGAAACUGCGUUGGUGUCGUCAACGGCACCAAGGCCCUGUUUACGGGCGCAAAGACCCUUGAAUAUGUCGACAACCUGCCUGCAGGACACAACCUCAACUUCCACAAGGUUGCUCCCCAGGCAUUCCAGAAGAUCUUUACUUUCUUGAAGGCGCAGGGCGUGAAGCCAUAG